AUGGCCCGAAGCGCAAAGCGCUCCUACGAGGAGGUCGCAAACAAGUCUGAUUCCGACGACGAAGACUACAGUGACCAUGCUCAAUACUCCCGUUCCACCGCCCGGAAAUCGAAAGCGAGCCCUAAGAAAAAAUCGCGCUCAGCCCCCAAAAGGCGACGACGUGGCUCCGCUGACGAUGAUAUCAGCUCUGAGGAGGAGUUCUCCGAGGACCUGUCCGUCGAAGAGGAAGAGGAAGAGGAGUCGAGCGAUUCUGAUGCCCCUCGCAAUGCCAGAGGAACGCGUCGACGAACCAAUCAAAGCCACCGCCCAACGUACGAAGAGCCUGAUUCAGAAGAAGUCAUCGACGAUGACGAGGAAGUGACCCGAGCUCCAUCCCCGCGUCGCAGUACUAUUAUCAAGCUUAGAGUGCCCCGCCACGCUUUAGAAAAGCAACAGCAGCAGCCACCACAGUAUCUGGAAUUCAGAAGACAUGUGACUCGCCAUACUCGAGAGCCUUCAGAGGACAUUUACGCUCUCACCAACUCUGGUCGUCAUAUGGAAACGGUCCAGCGUGGCACAGUGAGCCCUCCAGCUGAUGUUCCGUCGCGUCGCACUUCCCGCACCAAUCGCAACAAACACACAAUCAUCGACGAAGAAGACGAGGAUGCCGAGGCUGAAGAUGUCAUAGAAGAGACUACACUCAAGGAUUCUAUGGAGGUCGUGGAAAGCGAUGUUCCUCAAGGUGGCGAUGAGGGUGAUACAUUGCAAAUGAACGACGCCGAGCACGAGCUGGUCGACGAGGAAAUGUCCAAUGAAGUGGUUGUGCCUGAAUCAGAAAACGGUGAUGCAAAGCACAGCCAUCUUGAAACCACCGACAAUGCCCCAACCACUAGGCUCUUACGAGGCCGGCCACCGCAGAUGCAAUCCCAGCAGGAGGACGCAGAAGACGCAGAUCGCAACGAAGACUCCCAGCUCCGUCGUUCCAGCCGUAAACAGCCAUCUCGAAGCUCGCAACGCAAAACCACCAAACUUGACAGUGAUUUCGAACCGGAGGAGGCGUCUAAUGAUGAUGAAGAAGAGGACUCAGCGCAUGAUUCGGUUGCGUCUCCUCGUAAACAAAGUCGCUCUCGAGAUGAAGCCGAAGACAGUUCUAAUAGCCGCCGUCCUGGUUUACGCAAAAGACCUUCUCGUUCCCGUCCACCAUCUGAAGAGGCCGAUGAACUUGCUGAAGAGCUGGAGGAUCUACAUGGCGGUCGUCGUUUCCGUCGUCGUGCCAAGCAGGCAGUCGUUUACGAAAAGCCGCGACGCAAUCGAAAGGACGUGGAUUAUCGUAUCAUUAGACCUGAACUUCUCCAGCCCAAUGAUGACAGUGACCACGAAGUGACCGGGUCUCCAUCACGGCGUGGUCGUGGAGGAGGUGGCUGGCAGCGCACUUUGUUCUCGACAACAGGGCCGUUUGGUGGUGGUGGCAACUCAGCAAUUCUCGCUGCUCCCGGCGGCCCCGCUGCAGUAGGAGGGGCGGACAGCGACAGCAGUGAUGACGAAGGCAUGCAGCAGCCGACUCGCACCGGGCUUGGCCCCAAUGGUGCCGUCGCGGCUACACAUAACCAAUCGGCCGACACGGCUCAAGCCGCAUCAGGUACACCUGCCAACCUGGGCAAGUUCAACAACAAACAAGCUCUGGCUGAUGCCGAUCCUCUGGGAGUGGACAUGAAUGUCAACUUCGACCAUGUUGGUGGUUUGCAGGGACACAUCGACCAGCUUAAAGAAAUGGUCUCCCUUCCCUUGCUUUACCCCGAAAUCUUCCAGCGUUUCAAAAUCACGCCUCCAAGAGGUGUCUUGUUCCAUGGCCCUCCUGGUACCGGUAAGACGCUCAUGGCUCGUGCUCUGGCGAACAGUGUCAGCUCCGAGGGACGAAAAGUCACAUUCUACAUGAGAAAGGGUGCAGAUGCACUCAGCAAAUGGGUUGGUGAGGCCGAGCGACAACUUCGACUUUUGUUCGAGGAAGCUCGCAAGAACCAGCCCAGCAUUAUUUUCUUCGAUGAGAUUGAUGGCCUAGCACCGGUAAGAUCCAGCAAACAGGAACAAAUCCACGCCUCGAUUGUAUCGACCUUACUUGCCUUGAUGGAUGGUAUGGAUGGUCGAGGCCAAGUUGUUGUGAUCGGUGCUACCAACCGACCUGACUCUGUGGACCCUGCUCUUCGUCGCCCCGGUCGUUUUGAUCGCGAAUUCUACUUCGCACUGCCAAACAUCGAAGCUCGACGUGCCAUUCUUGACAUCCACACCAAAGAAUGGGAUCCCCCCCUCCCAGGACCCAUCAAGGAUGAGCUCGCUGAUAUGACGAAGGGAUAUGGUGGUGCCGAUCUGCGUGCUCUUUGCACUGAAGCCGCAAUCAAUGCCGUCCAGCGUAGAUACCCACAAAUUUACAAAUCCGAUCAAAAGCUCAUAAUUGAUCCCAAAACAAUUGAUGUUGCGCCAAAGGACUUCAUGCUUGCGAUCAAGAAGUUGGUCCCUUCCUCUGAGCGAUCUACUUCGUCUGGUGCAACUGCGCUCCCACCAAACAUUGAGCCUCUCCUCCGCUCCCCGCUCUCCCAAAUCAAGACUCUACUAUCACAGAUUCUUCCUCAGCGAAAGAAACUCACGGCCCUCGAGGAGGCCCAAUUUGAGGAACCGGACGACGGCGAGGGCUUCGGCCGAGAGCUUCUUCUACAAGAGUUUGAUCGCUCUCGAGUGUUCCGACCCCGACUACUGCUCCGGGGCUCUCACGGCAUGGGUCAACAGUACCUCGCCGCCGCGUUGCUCCAUGUGUUCGAGGGCCUACACGUACAGGCUUUCGAUCUUCCUACUUUGCUGAGUGACUCCACUCGCUCGCCAGAGGCAGCCGUCAUCCAACUGUUCACAGAAGUGAAGAGACACAAGCCUAGCGUCAUUUACAUUCCCAAUAUACAAUUGUGGUCUCAAACAGUCGGGCCUGCUGUGAUAUCUACAUUCAUGGGUCUUCUUCGAUCAGUUCCGCCUUCUGACCCCGUUCUUUUGCUUGGUAUCCUUGAAUCGCAAGAUGAAGAGGUCGAUGAUGUUCUGCUGAAGAACCUGUUCGGAUUCUCUAAAAAGAACUUCUUUGACCUACCUGCUCCUGAUCAUGAGGCACGCCGAGAGUUCUUCGCCAAAAUCAUUGAAUUUGUCAAAACUCCCCCUAAGGCAUUCCCUAACCCAGACAAUCGCAAGCUUCGUCAACUGGAACAACUUGAAGUUGCACCGCCGCCUCCCAAACCUGAGGUCAAACUCAGCAAAGAAGAGCUCAAGGCCCAGAAACGGAAAGAUUACCACACCUUGAACCUUUUGAAGAUUCGAAUUCAGCCCAUUAUGGACCAGGUCAAGAAGUACAAACGUUUCAGAACGGGUGUGAUCGAUGAAGCUUCAAUUCGCUACUUGUGGGAUGAGGAAGAUCCCGACAUAAUCACGAGUGAUCUCCCCCCUGACCAGCAGAACAGUUUCCGGCCCUAUGAAAAAGCACACGAUAAGCACGGUGUAUUGGGCCUUCGUGAGACUGCUACUGGGAAAUUCUUCUACAACCUCGAGAUUGUCACGAUUGAAAAGCGUUUGUCAAAUGGAUAUUACAAACGUCCUAUGGACUUUGUAGCCGAUGUCAAGCGGAUGGUCAAAGACAACCGCCAGACCGGUGACCAUGAACGCACAUUACGAGCCAACGAACUUCUAUCAAACGUCGAUGUUGAUGUCGCCGGCAUUAUUGCUUCUGAUCCGGUUCUCAUGGCUGAGUGUGAUCAAGUCUACUUGCGUGAACUCGCACGUGAGAAAGAGGCAGCAGAACGCGCCCAGCGUGUUGAGGAACAACGUCUUCAAGAGGAACACACUCGGGAGGGAGAAGUUGACCCUAUCUCUGAGACCCGUGACGCCGAGGCGAAUGUAAAUGGCCCAGAACAUGUUGCUGAUUCGUUCCCGAUAAAUGGUGGUGAUUAUGAUGACGACGAGAAGAAGCCUAUUUCGCGUCCAGUGACACCUGCAAAUCAGCUUGGCUUCGUCAAUGGAAAUUAUGGAGCUGACGGCGGGGAGACCCAGACCAACGAAGUUGGCUCCCAUGGUGCUAGCAACGGCACGCACGAGGAAGCACAAGAAGGUGAUGGCGACGGCGACAUCUUCAUGUCCAAUUCAGAUGAUCACUCGGGCGACAAAGAUACCCAAGGGAGCUCAUUUGGGCCGUCCGCGCAACCUAAGCCUCCAUAUUCCCACACUGCGCCGUCUCAACAAGUCCGUAGAGAGUCUGGUCUCUCCAGCUUCUCCCAGCGAGGCCCCAUGACUCCAAUGGCUCCUGGUUCUCAGCCCGCUGAUUAUACCAACGAAGCAUCAACCACUCAAACGACUUCUGAUAAGAAAUCCUCCGAGCAUCUUUCAACCCAACAAUACAACACCCAAAGCCCCCAUGUCUCAAGAACCGAAUACCCCGACCUUACUCAAUACCCUGAUCGCGUGUCCCAAGAGGAUCAUCUGCCAGAUACCCAACAAAGUCAACCUUCCCCCCGUGCUCGGGACUCACUGGCAAGCACUGCCGACACUCAAGACAAUAGUGGCUUGAAUGGAAGUCAGUCACAGUCCAAGCCCCAGCCCCCAUUAUUUGAUGCGCCGAACAUGUCAAACAACACUUCCACAAAUUUACAAUCCAUCGUCGAAGAAGAACCUCAUGCACCAUUUGUCCUCGAUCUCGACAUUGUUGAAAGGUUGCACGAGCAGCUGACCUUGUCAACGAGUGGCUUCUCCGUGGAGCAGCUUGAGCAGGUCAAUACCAACCUGAUGGACUACGUCUGGCACAUGCGUGGUGAAUGGAACCGAACCCUUGUUGCCGAUGGUCUUGGGAAGACGUACAAUGACGUUCUCGAGGACAUGCAGGCGAUGCAAGAGAUCGGGAACAUCAGCCAGGCGACCAGGGACAUUCUCGCCAAUCUGAGUUUCCAGUGA